AUGGAGUUUGAAAAACCCAAUUUGGAGCCAGCGGGCCAGGACGAGAUGCGUCUGGUUCGCAACAAAAAAGCCAUCAAGCAGGUGGUGAAUGAGAUUGCACAGUCGGAAGUUACCCACCUGAAGAGUACCAUUCUGGCGCCUUUCUACCAGCGAUUUCAAGAGGAUCACAAUACAAUUGUGCAGCUCAGAAGGGAGGUAUCCGGUCUUGAAGCUGACUUGGAGGCGGCCCUUCAGCAGCGCCAACCAGGCAAUAAAGAGAAGCUACAGACACCCAUUCCAGCCACAGAGGAUGUUCCGGCGAUCAUUUCGACCGGCGAGAAAGAAUUGUCCAACGUUGAACUGCCAGCUCUUGUCACUAACGGUGUUGGCGAACGAGCAACCCAUGCUGAUCUUACCAGAAACGAAGCUCCCACUGCCGAUGUCACCGAGAGUGAUCCACCGUUCGUUAGCAGCACUGAUGAAAGUGCCUUGGUUCCUCGAGUCGAAACGCCAGCAUCGAUGGCGGAUGUCGAACCCACGCCUGACUCUCGUACACUCACCUCACCUACACCGAAGCGCAAAGCCCCUGCGACACCCUCUCACGAUGCUCCGGAAGUCCGCCACAUUGAAGCGGGUAGAAUCUUUGACGACGAUUUGGCGCGCCUCGCGAUUCACGUAUUUGAGCAGGUGCGGAAGCCUCUACCGCGGGACCCCAUUGACGCCUGCGGCCCUGCCACGUUGAGCAUCAUGAUACAGCGGCCCCGAGACGCCGUGAAUCUCGCACACCAGAAGUUGUAUGCUACCACGCCCGACAAGGUCGAAAAAUGUUGGCAUCGGCUGUAUGAAGAUGCCACCUUGUGUCUUAUCGCGCAGCUAUUGCAUAAGCAGUCCCUGCGGGCACAGCCAGCAGCAAACAGAGCCAAGCGUAGGAAGCUCACUGACGGCGCUAUCUCUGGUUCUUGGCUGGAAGUCAUCGUUGGCAAGUUGGAUAAAGUCAUCAUUGUUGCCGGUGCGCCUGGACGACGUGACUUGAUUGACGAUAUCUUUGAGGUCCUGGAUCCUAUCGCUCAACGUACUAUACAGGAUGAAGGCCCACAGCGGUUAGUACGUGGUCUGACCCCGCGAGGUUUGGUCACGAAGUCUCCCAUCACCAGGCCAAAGGUGGUCAUGUCGCCGCAUGCAUUUCGGCAUUAUGUCGAUAGAGUCGGCAACGUUGUCCGCCCGCUUGUGCUACGAGGUGUCAUGGCAGACUGGCCAGCAAUGGAGCUGUGGCAAGACCUUCUCUACCUCAAGCGCCAYACCAUGGCUGGACAUCGACUCGUCCCGAUCGAGGUUGGGAAGAGCUACACAGACCCGGGGUGGCGCCAAGAGAUCAUUACAUUCUCCGAGUUUGCAGAACGCUUUCUGGUGCCAGACAAGCCCGAGCAGACGGGAUACCUCGCGCAGUACGACAUUUUCCGGCAGAUUCCGACUCUGAGAAGCGACAUCCACAUCCCGGACUACUGCUACUCGGCACCUCCCCGUCCCACAGGGGCUGCUGCGCGAACCAAAGGACUCGAUACUGUUCAGGAUAUGGAUCAGCCACUGCUCAACGCCUGGCUUGGUCCGAAGGGCACCAAAUCUCCACYCCAUACCGAUCCUUAUCACAACAUUCUCUGUCAGGUGGUGGGAUACAAGUAUGUCCGCCUGUACGCACCAGAGCAGACCGACCGUCUUUACCCAAUGGGUGUGGAUGAGGUUGGGAUUGAGAUGGACAAUACAUCCCAAGUCGACAUUUCAAUUAUCCGUCCGACAGGUAACAUCUCUCCUGGGCUUGAGGCUAUGCGGGCCGACACGCGGAAGAGAUUCCCUCUUCUAGAGGGUGCAGCAUACGAGGAGGCAAUGCUGGGACCAGGCGAGAGUCUGUACAUUCCACUGGGAUGGUGGCACUAUGUGGAGAGUCUGACCACGAGCAUUUCGGUCUCAUUUUGGUGGAAUUGA